CGAGUUCGUAUCUAUUCAUUUCGAUCUACCCACCUCAUCACGAGCUUUCGAUUAGAUUCUAGUAGGCAUUCCUUUGGUUGGUGACAUACAUAGAGAGUAUGCAGACAUUUCCAACAGGCACCGUGUAUUUUGACUACAUGUACGAAUACGAGCCCUCUGGAGAUGUUUUGGCCAGCGACUUGUUUCAUGCGGUUGUUUGGAUGUUACUUUCGAUUGGAAUUAUUGGUAACGUAUUGGUUGUGGUGUGGAGACUUGCACAGAAAAGAGAUCAGAGAUCGUCACCUCUCUCGAUCCUCAUCAUCAUGCUAGCAAUUUCAGACUUCUUAUAUUGUGUUCACUUGAUUCUUCUCGAGAGCCUAAUGACUGAAUCUCAUCUAGGACAACAGAGGCUUUGGGAACAAGUCUCUACGCGUUAUGUGUGCAGUACAAGCUCCGUUCUGUCUUGGUUCUCUUGUCUCACAGCUCAGUGGACAACUUUCAAUAUUGCAGUUUACUCGUUGCAAGCAAUGAGCGGAUGCUGUUCACGGUUUUGCUGUUCACUAGUUCGUACAAGAAUUCUGGUUAUCACAAUCAUUUGCCAAGUCAUUUUUGUCGUGGCUAGUAUUUUGUCCAUGUUUGUGUUUUCGCACUAUUCUAGUAUGCCUUUCUUGUUUGUACCACCUGAAUAUGAAGACGUCUAUAGUACAAAUAACAUAACCUGGAUAGACAAUUUUAGUUACUCGAGACGUGAACAAAUUACCGAGAUUUUUGGACGUUGUGCUUUAGUUCAGUCAAGUGGUUUUGCUUCUUGCAUCAAUUAUACCGAGUCAGUCUCACAGGGCAACCAUAUGCAUUCUACUGUCAUUUACGAGGGUACUUUCUGCGUUGUAAAUUUUGACUACCUUCUAGGAGCAGCUGUGGCAUCUCUAUGUACUCUUCUUACAUUGUCAUCAGUUGUUCUCUAUUUGAUAGUGUGCCUCACGGUUCGUAGAAGAGCGUCUCGUGGAAACCUAACAAGAACAUCUGACAUACACAAACUUCAAUGGAGGUUGAGUGUAAUUGUUAUCCUAAACUUUCUAUGCUGGAUUCCCACAACUGCAUUGCAUUGGACAGGAAUCUUUGUCCGGUCACAAAAUAAUCUUGGUGAUUCUCAGCUAAACGAUUUUACUGCAGCAAAUGUUCUUCUCAUCUCAAUCAGUCCAGCAGUUAAUCCUCUCAUCUAUACAUUUACAGGAAAGAACUUUUUACAUUCAAUUCGCAAGUUUUGUAGACGAAUGAAAUGCGACAUAUCUGUGAGACGAAACAGUUCCAACUACCAUGACGAUCACAUUAGAGGAGUUGAACGUUGCAGCUGUAUUCCAUGUGUCAGAUGUGUUCAUCAAGAUGAAGAGAAUGAUCCAGAUACUUCUGACUGGAAUUCUGAUCAGAGCAGACUCCUGCCGUCUACCAAUGAGUCAAGUGAAACGAGCUAAAAAAUUCACAUCAGCUAAUGUUGUAUGGCACAGAGUAACUGUUUUCAAUGUGUGUCAUUGCAUUUUACUCGGAUAUAUUGUAUGCAAGGUUACUCUCUAGAUUGUGCGAAUGUACACUCAUUAAUGAAGUCAAGUGACAUCUAGUCUAGCAGUGACAUGGUUUUGAAAGAGUGGCACUCUCUGCUUGCUACUUUGGGCGUAUGUAUAUGUUUAUAUACUCUGCUUGUUAAAAUUCAAUAAAAAUACAUUUUUCGUGUU